GAGCCGCAAAAAGAUUACAUGUAGGGAAAAGAAGUGUGUAGAUCAACGAGUCAUCUCUUCUUAUCAAUCAAAAAUUCAAAUUUAAAAGCGCUUCGCCAGCAUGUGACUUAUUCAGUUGGAAUUGAAUCUGUGUCGUGAACACCCAUUUCAAUUAUAGCUUUUCUUUUGCAAAAUCAAAUAGUCGUAAUAUUCCGUGUGAAAUUUCGAAUUUUUGAAGAAAAAACAACUUUCAAACUAGGAAAAAAAAAAAAAAUCGCGUACUUUGAAAAAUAAAAUUCUGGAAAGUUAAUUUUAAUAGAAAGAAACCAAACUAAAACAAAAAAUGUUUCCAAGAAAAUUAACAAGUGCCUUUGAGCAGUCGCUGAAAUCCUCAAUCUUGAACACGAGGAGCACGGAAUUCGAGAUUAGUGACACAGGCUAUGGCAAAGAUCAUGUAAAAAUUUUACAUGUUCGACGCGAAGGCAACGUUCACCAUAUUAAAGAGUUCGAAGUCAACACGCAUUUAAAACUCUACAGCAAAAAGGAUUACUUGAAUGGUGACAACUCGGACAUUAUUGCGACGGAUUCACAGAAGAACACCGUUUAUCUAUUGGCAAAAAAGUUUGGUGUUAAAUCACCCGAAGAUUUUGCCCUAACAUUAACCAGACAUUUUCUAUCGAAAUAUCGGCAUGUAAAGGAGGCGCACGUACACGUGGAAGAAUAUCCGUGGGAAAGGAUACAAUAUACGAAUGCCCAAAACAAGGAAAAACUACAUAAUCAUGCGUUCCUUUUCACACCAGUUGCCAAUCGCUAUUGCGACGUUAUUCAUCAACGUGAUCUACGCCCCACGAUUAUUAGCGGACUGAAAAACAUGAGAGUAUUGAAAACGACACGCUCCUCCUUUGUGGACUUCGUCGAUGAUGAAUAUCGUUCACUGCCGGACAUGGAGGAUCGCUUAUUUAGUACGAGUGUUAGCUGCUGCUGGGAAUAUUUGAACAUAACGGACAUAAAUUUCGAUGACGUUUGGUCGACGGUGAAAGAAAUCAUUCUGAAAAACUUUGCCGGUGAUCCAGUGGAUGGUGUCCCAUCUCCAAGUGUUCAAAAUACAAUUUACCUCUCACAAAAAGACAUCCUAGCUGCAAUCCAACAGAUUGCUGUUGUCAACAUUGAAAUGCCCAAUAUACACUAUUAUCCAUUCGACAUGAGUAAAUUCCCAAAAGUUAUUCAAGGUGAAAACAAGGAAGUCUAUCAUCCGGUCGAUAAGCCAAACGGCAACAUAUUUUCUCAACUGGCGCGUGUUGACGUCAACCUAAAAUCGAAAUUGUGAAAAUGCUCGUGCGGCUCUUUUUAGGUGUAAUAUUUUACUGGAGAAAAGAAAUGUAGUUUUAAAACAUUUUCAACAAAGAGUUCUAGUAUUAGUCUGAUGAAUCGCGUUUUUCAGUGAAUUAUAAUACUUAAGAAAUAAGUGAGAUAUGUAUUAUUUAAAUUUUAGGAAUAAAACACAAAGCAAAACACAUCUUUAAACUAAGUACUGUCCAUUUGGUGCGGCGUGGAACGUUCUGUUGAUAUGAAAUUUAUUAUAGAGCGCCGAGAAAGUUCGUGAAAAUAUAGCAACAACGACGACGACAUCGGCGAUGUUGACAACAACAACAAAAACAAAAACAACAGCAAUCAAAUUAAAAUAAUUUCCGUUAAAAUGUGCUCAGGCGCACGGUGUAUAAAUUGAGCGAAAGUCAUGGAAUUGAUUUGGAAAUGAAUUUCCCCGCAAAUUGAAAUGUUAAUGGGCCAAGAGUACACGAAGCGUUCAAUUAUUGAAUGUUGGAGACUCCAAUUGCAUUUCAUCUCCAUUUUUCUGCCAACAUAUUGGUUACACAGACAAAAAAACACAAUAUUGCCCAUUGAUUUGUGUAUUUAUUCGUAUACAUGUGAUAAGAUAAAACUGUACUAUUCGUGUUUAUAGGUUUGUGUGGGUUCCAUUGUUCAUUCGACUUCUUUUCUUUUCUCUACGGUCGAGAGGUGUGUGUUCAUUUCAUGCGUUUGCUUUAAAUAAACAAAUUAGCUGUGCGACCGUGCUCCGAGUCAAUAACUUAUUGACUCAAGUAAUUCACUUCUGCUUAUGCUUUCUGUCAAUUUCCCAUUCAUCUAUGCGUGAAUGGAAUGAGUGACUUACUGAUAAAUCACAGCUUCGACAUCAAACUAAAAGAAAUAGCACAGUGAAUAUGAAUUUAAGGUGUGUGUCACUGCACAAAAAACACUUUCUGAUGUCAUCAAUGUCAGUUUCCGAUUGCAUUCCAAAGACUGAAGAAGUGAAAAAUACGCAGCGGUUCACCGUAAAAAGAUAUCCAGAAAAAAUGGGUUACAUGUUCAAACGCACUUUCGAUUUUAUUUUGCUGCUAUUAGUGAUGGUUACGGCCUUCGAUUACGUCUUAAGUCAAAGUGAUUCAUACACGAUUGGAAUUCAUCAGAUCAAAAGUGCAAAUUUUCCGAGGAAAUGGUCUCGAAAUGAGUUGAGCAGUGAUUUUUGUGGUGGCAUUUUUCGCAAUAAGCAAGUCGUAAUUAAAUCACCACGUUAUCCAAACAAAUAUCCCAAGAACGAAAACUGUGAAUAUGUAUUCUACUCACCUUUUGUGUGCACCAACGAGUUUCACAUUCAAUUUUUAGAUUUCCAAAUAGAGUCAUCGCUUAGUUGUUCGAAAGAUAAAGUACUCAUUGGAACUGAUGAAGUUUUGUGCGGGCAAGUUAUUGGAAUUAUGAAGUACAAGGCCAUAAAUGGUACACUUCGAAUUAAAUUCAUAAGUGAUGAAACAAUCGAAAAUAAAGGCUUUGAAUUGCUCGUGACUCGGCUGCCGUGCUCCUUGAAUAAUUCAAUUGAUGAUGGUAGUUUCAGUGAAUCAUCGACACAUUCAGUGAUAAACAUUCCAUCCUCUAAGCCCCAUUUAUUACCCGUGACUCAAAUCUUUCCAGUGCAAAGACAAAAUAAUAAUGUCGUUCCAAUAACAUCAACAUUAGAAAAUGUAGUAGCAAACGCCGAAGUGGAAAGUGUUCCAGAGACCACUAUUGUAAAACCAAUCUGCAGUAGUCAAACACAGCAACAUGCGGCUUGGCCAUCAUCUUCAUUUUAUCCAUCACCACUAGCGCUGCCGGUAGUGUCGCCGCUCCCGAGCUGCUGUACUAACGUAUACAAUCAGCAAAAGUUUUACCUAAUAAGUCCAGGUUUUCCGAACGUACCAUUCCCCAACGAUUGUUUAUUUUUCAUCGAACGAAUCCACCCAAAUAUUUGUCGUCUGCGAAUUGACUUCAAAUAUUUCCUUUUGGGUGACUGGCAACAGCGUCAAUGCACUCACAGUUUUGUGGAAAUUGACGGUCGGCGUUUUUGUGGCUGCAAAAGUGGCACCAUAUACUUCACACAAUGGGGACCAUCGCCAAAACCGAUCCGGUUUGCCAAUACACUACGAUUUGGUGGCAUUCAGGGUUUCAUUUUAGAGAUUACUCAAGAAGCAUGCCCAUACAGAUCGGUGGCAAUUCAAACGUUGCCGGUAAAAAGUCAAUUAGUACACAUGAACGACCCACGGCGAUGUUCACUCAACUACAUCUCUUGGUUGAACCAUAAUACAAAUCAAGAACUUUUGGCUAGAUCGAUUUGCAUUCGAAAUCAUGGUUGAGUUGAAAUGAAUAAAAAACAUCCUAGAAGUAGACUAAUGUCGAAAAUGUAUUUACAACAACUGAUAAUAAAUCUAUGUGGUAUGGUUUUCAUUUGAAUUAUGUAUAAUUUUAAUUUUAUUUUUCUGCUCCCGAUGAAAAGAUUUGGAAUGGUUGAUGUGGUUAAUUGCAAUGUAAAUGUACUUCCCUCGAAAAUAGUGAAUGAUUAUUCCCUUGUUUUUUUUUUACGUCUCAACACAUUUGAAAUGGCUCCAAAUCAUUUGCAACACUAUCCGUCCUAUCGAUUUCAUUUCAAAUUUAUUUUUCGUACAGGUUUUGAGUUGUUCAGUUUUUAUUUGAAUAAAUUUAAAUAGAUUAAUAUUGAUCAAAUGUGCGAUAAAUUUUGAAUAUGAUAAGAUAAAAUUGUUGCCGAAAUCAAUUUCAUUUGCAAUUGAUUUGUUCGGCAUUACAAAUAGUUCAUAUAUAUUUUUUUAACUGCGCGACAAGAAAUUCCUACAGCAAACUUUUUAUAACUGUUUUAAUACAUAUUUUUUUUAGAUAUAUUUUCACAUUGAGUUUAUUUAGUUACAAUUAUUUUAGUUUUGAAAGCUGUAUAGAGUUUGAAUACAUUAGAAUAUUUGUGUUUACUUUUCAAAAACAUUAGUCAAAAUACAAAUGAAACAUAAAUGUUUACAAACAAAAUGAAGUAAAACGAAA